AUGGCUUCUGUCUCUAGCACUCCUUUCGCCGAUCCUCUGUGGUUGAAUCGCAGCUUCAGUCCAUAUUAUACGGAUUCUCACCGUCGACUUCAAAAAGAAGCACGCGAGUAUGUCGAUACGCAUAUUUCACCAUUCUGCGAGGAAUGGGAGAAACAAGGUGCUGUUCCGCAAGAAGUUCACAGGCGACACGCAGAGCUUGGAUACACCGCCGUCAGCGUGUUCCCACUGGCAGCGGACCAUCUGAGCGGCCAGCGUCUACCCGGAGACGUUGACCCAAAAGACUGGGAUGAGUUCCACGAUAUUGUCGUCAUCGAUGAGCUUGCCCGGUGCGGAUAUCUCGGGAUCAUCUGGGCGUUAGGCUGCGGUAACUCCAUCGGAGGGCCGCCAGUGAUCAACUUCGGAAACGACGAACAAAAACGACGAUUCCUCCCUGAUAUGCUGAGGGGAAAUAUUCGAUUUUGCUUGGGGGUGACAGAGCCGGAUGCUGGGUCUGACGUCGCCGGAAUCACCACCACGGCCGAGAGAAGUGGAGACGUCUAUAUCGUCAACGGAGCCAAGAAAUGGAUCACCAACGGUAUCUUCGCGGAUUAUUGCACUGCAGCCGUGAGAACAGGAGGCGAAGGAACUCAAGGCAUCUCCGCCCUGAUCAUCCCACUCAAGGCUCCCGGCGUGACAUGCAAGAAGAUCGAAAACUCCGGAGUCCACGCAAGCGGAUCCACGUACAUUGAGUUUGAUCAGGUCGAAGUCCCUGCGGCCAACCUGCUUGGCGUGGAGAAUAAGGGAUUCUCCGUCAUCAUGAAUAACUUCAAUCACGAGCGACUCUGGCUUGCAUGCACGUCACUUCGCAUGGCGCGAGUCUGCGCCGAAGACGCGUAUGAACACGCCAUCAAGCGUGAAACUUUCGGAAAGAAGCUCAUUGAGAACCAAGUAAUUCGCGCGAAGUUCAGUGCGAUGGCUCGGAGCUUGGACUCAACAUAUGCCUGGAUGGAGCAGUUGGUUUAUAUUUCCCAAGUAGCCAAGAGGCAGGGUGUUGACGCUUCCAUGGGCGGGCUUUUCGCAAACUUGAAGGUUUUGGCUGGUCAAACUCUAGAGAAGGUAAAUAGAGAGGCCCAGCAAGUUAUGGGGGGUCUUGGAUACUCGAAGAAUGGCCGUGGGGCGCGCAUUGAGCAGGUUAGUCGCGAUGUUCGGGUUAUGGUGGUGGGAGGUGGGAGUGAGGAGAUUCUCUCGGAGCUGGCGGUCAAUCAGGAGAUAAAGAGUAUGAAGAAGAUGAGCAAAUUGUAG